CAAACAAGACUUGACAGCAUCUCCAAACUAAAAAUGAAGUAUCUCAUUGUUGUCGUUGCCUUUGUCGCUCUGGCUUCUGCCAAUGUUCUCAAAGUGACCGAUGAGCAGAAGCUUGCAGCCAUCCAACGGGCCAAGGAGUGUGGCCAACAGGAGGGCAUUAGCCGUGAACAGGCUUUGGCUCUGCGUGCUGGUAAUUUCGAGGAUACCGAUCCCAAGGUUAAGUGCUUUGCCAACUGUUUCCUAGAGAAGAGCGGUUUCGUUGUCGAUGGCAACAUUAAGCCCGAUGUGGUAUUGGCCAAAUUGGGCCCCAUUGCUGGCGAGGAUAAGAUCAAGGAAAUUCAAGGCAAAUGCGAUUCCCUUAAGGGUGCCGACAAAUGUGAUACUAGCUAUCAGCUAUACAAGUGCUAUUCCAACAAUCGUGCACAGAUCUAAAAAGGGCAAGGUCUAACAAAUUGAAAAAGCUUUUUAAUUGUAUUGUACAUAAAAAUCAUACACAUACAUACAGGUGGAAACAGUAAAUUUGAAAUAAAUAAGAGGUUAUAACAUCAAGAAAUAUUUUCAUAUUUACAUA